AUGACAAGUCCUCGCAAUUCACACCUCGUCUCACUCAUCGAGACACGUCCGAUCCACGUCAGUAAUGAGCACUUCGGACGGGCACAGACGAUCCACUCGUCGUACAUCAGGGGGGGGGGGGGGGUAGGAUCUGCUAAUCGAUUUCAUGGGUCAACUGGCACCAUCACUGCUGUAGUAUCAGCUGCGAACAAGCUCAGUGUCAAGUGCUGUAUACACCUGAUCAACGAGGGGGGGGGGGAGGGGGGGGGGGGGGAUCGUGCGGGAGGUUAUGGAUGGCUUAUUACAUCAACCGUAACAUAUGCGGUGCACAUCUGGGUACUAUCCAUGACGCCGCAAUAG